AUGGUAGCGCAAACCAAAGUGUUUGUGGGGAGCUUGCCCCAGGGCUCAAAACCGGAGGACUUGAGGAAGCUUUUCGAAAGGUUUGGAACCGUGACCGAAUGCGACAUAAUGAACAGAUGUGGAUUUGUUCACAUGCAAACCGAAGACCAAGCGUCAGCAGCCAUUCGCGCCUUACACAAUACCACUUUCAAUGGUGGCGUCAUCGCCGUGGAGCGAGGAAGGAUCAAGGAGCGUGGCCAGCGAGGCGGCGGGGGCGGCGGCCGAGGUGGAAUGCGAGGGGGCAUGAGGGACCGACGCGGAGGAGGGCCCAUGCGCGGAGGACCUCCGAGGGAUGCACCUUACCCUAUGAGGGACUCGCGGCCGAUGGGGCCCAUGCGCGGCGGAGACAUGAGAGGCCCACCCAUGGGUGGCAUGGGUAUGAGAAACGGCAUGGGUGGCGGAGCGCCCUACGACCGGGGCAUGGAUCGGGCGCCGAUGCCCGGCUACGAUGACAGAUACAAUGGCUACGGUGAAGACAGACGCGGUUUCGCACUGAUGGACGGCCGCGGAGCGAGAGACCAGUAUGGAGCGCCUCCUCCCAUGUACCCGGACGACAGGCGAGGCUACGGAGCCGUGGACGAAAUGGCGCCGAUGUAUCCCGAUGAUAGGCGUGCGCCGCCCAUGUACCCCGACGAAAGGGACAUGAUGGACAGGCGGGGAGGUAUGCGAGGUGGACCCAUGCCCAUGGCUACAGGAUAUGAUAGAGCACCACCAAGGCCAGCACCAAUGGGCAAUGGAGAUAUGUAUAGUCGAAGAACUCCUCCACCAAUGCGUGGUGGGGGAGCAGCCGGAGGAUAUGACCGGGAUCCUUAUGCUCAACAAUAUGCGCCCAUGGGCCGCGCGUGUGCGGGCGGCGGCGGCGCAGGCGCAGGGCGCGGGCCGCGCACCAACAAAAACUGUAUAGCGCUCGUCUAG